AACCCACCAGCCAAUUAGCGAAUUUCCCAGCAAAAAUUCUCUCUCUUCUUCGAAAGCAGAGUGGGAAAGAAAUAUUGAGGAACUACUCGCUCUCUGCCUCAGUGAAGGUCAUGUUAAUUUCCUUACAGUGCCGUCAUUUGCUCAUAGAACUCCAUUGAUUUCUCAGUUCGAGCUCCUGUGUGGCUUUUCUUCAUCGGUGUUUGACUAAAUGCCGCUGAGAGAAGUCGAAACGUGCUUUUCAGCGUUUCUAUAGAUUUGAAUCGCAUAGAUUGGACUGUAGGUAUGGAUUUUAUGUGCAGUAUUCGACAUGGGGAUGCGUUUCAACUGGCUGAAGGUUCAAGUUAUAGGAUGCCCGCUCAAAUUCCUUCUAGGUUUGGAAAUAGAAACUUCGGUUACAAUCCAACGGUUGUUUCAAUUGCUCGCUCCAUGAAGAAGAUGAGAAGUACUGGUUAUAGUGGUUACCCAAAUUCAUCUUUGGUUCUCAGGACUGGAUUUGGUAGUCACCUGAGAGGUCUGUAUCCAGAUAGAACUCUGUAUUUUCGUUUUGAUACUUCCCUCAAGGUUUUGAGGGGAGUUAGACACCAGUGCAAAGGUGGUGAUUCAUUAGCGUAUAUUGAUGGUGGAAAUGGCCGAAAAGAACUUGUAGGAAAUUCUGAUGGCUCAAUAGUGGAUUCUGUUGAUGGGGCCGAGUUAGAUGGGUUGGUAGAAGUAGAACGAGCAGAAGAAAAAGAGGAAAUUGAAUCACCUAGUUUGGAUGAACUGAAGGAGAUUUUGCAAAGGGCAAUGACAGAAUUGGAUGUUGCUCAGCUUAACAGUAUCAUGUUUGAAGAAAAAGCACAAAGCGUAUCAGAAGCUUCUAUAGCUUUGAAGGAUGAAACCGCAAAUGCUUGGGAUGAUGUCAAUAAAACUCUUGAUGUAAUUCAAGAAAUUGUGAAUCAAGAGUGCGUUGCAAAAGAAACGGUUCAGAAAGCGAGAAUGGCCCAUUCCUUAGCAGAAGCAAGACUUCAGGUUGCAGUAGAAUCAUUAGAAGCUGCAAAAGGGAAGCAAGGUUCUCCACAACCUGUAGUUUCUGGAGAGAGUGAAACGGAAAAUGAUGCUAGGGAAGAGGAGGAAGCACUUUUGGCUGCUCAAGAUGUUAUUAAGGAAUGCCAGACACAUUUGGAGAGCUGUGAAGCUGAACUUACACGCUUGAAGAAUAAAAAGGAAGAGCUGCAGAAGGAAGUGGACAAGUUGAAUGAGAUUGUAGAAAAAGCUCAGAUGGAUGCAUUGAAAGCGGAGGAGGAGGUUGCAAACAUUAUGCUAUUAGCAGAGCAAGCUGUUGCUUUCGAACUUGAGGCUAUGCACCGUGUUAAUGAUGCACAAAUUGCAUUGCAGAGAGUGGAGAAGUCUCUCUCCAAUCCUAAUAAUGAUAUGAUGGAAACUGCUCAUCAGCAGGUGCUUGGGGAAGAGGCUGUUGUUGAGGAGGAGAAGGCAGGUCAAGCGAGUCCUUCUGAUGUUAGGGUUGGAAGAGAGAAAGAAAUACCAAUACAUGAAGAUGUUUUAGAUAUUAGUUUCUCGUCAAAUAUUCUAUCUGAUAAGAGUAUCCAGGCGUUUGAAGAUUUUAAAAAGUCAGAUGACUUUAGUGACCAUGAGAAUGGACAGCCUGGUUCAGAUUCUCCUAAAGAAGCUGAAAUUGAUUCGGAAAAGUUGAAGAGCGUUGCUCAAACAAAGAAGCUGGAAUUGCAGAAGGAGUCAACUCUAAGUUCACCCCUUAAUACCCCAAAGGCAUUGUUGAAGAAAUCUUCUCGUUUCUUUUCUGCAUCAUUCUUCUCAUCUGAUGUAGAGGGGACUGAAUUUACUCCAGCAUCAUUGCUCUAUGGCCUGAUGGAGUCUGCGAAGAAGCAAUUGCCUAAGCUAGUUCUUGGAUUUUUCCUCUUUGGUGCAGGGGUAGCCUUGUAUGCUAAUCGCACAGAGAGGAGCUAUCAGCUGCUUCAACAGGCAGAUGUCAUGACCACUAGCAUUGAAGAAGUUUCUUCGAAUGCUAACUCCAUGAUCCAACGAUUGCGGAAAUUUCCCAAGAAAUUUAAAACACUACUUGCAAAUCUUCCUCAACAAGAGAUUAAUGAGGAGGAAGCAUCUCUCUUCGAUAUGUUGUGGUUACUGCUUGCCAGUGUUGUCUUUGUGCCUAUAUUUCAGAAAAUUCCUGGAGGGAGUCCUGUUCUUGGCUACUUGGCUGCUGGCAUCUUAAUUGGGCCCUAUGGUCUCUCCAUCAUUCGCCAUGUGCAUGGGACAAAGGCGAUUGCAGAAUUUGGAGUUGUUUUCUUGCUCUUUAAUAUUGGUCUUGAGCUUUCUGUUGAAAGGCUAAGUUCCAUGAAGAAAUAUGUUUUUGGAUUGGGCUCUGCUCAGGUCUUGGUAACCGCAGUUGCUGUUGGUGCAGUUGCUCACUUUUUUGGGGGGCAGCCUGGUCCUGCUGCAAUUGUAAUUGGAAAUGGCCUCGCAUUAUCAUCCACUGCUGUUGUCUUGCAGGUAUUGCAGGAGCGAGGUGAAAGCACAUCACGCCAUGGCCGUGCUACGUUUUCUGUGUUACUUUUCCAGGAUCUGGCUGUUGUGGUUUUGCUAAUACUGAUACCUUUAAUUUCACCGAAUUCAUCCAAAGGAGGGGUUGGCUUUCAAGCCAUUGCUGAAGCUCUUGGGUUGGCCGCUGUUAAGGCAGCAGUUGCCAUAACUGCAAUAAUAGCUGGUGGACGUCUGCUACUUCGACCAAUUUAUAAGCAAAUUGCAGAAAAUCAAAAUGCAGAAAUAUUCUCUGCUAAUACCCUCCUUGUUAUCUUGGGAACGAGUCUCCUUACGGCCAGGGCCGGACUUUCCAUGGCUCUGGGUGCAUUUUUGGCCGGUUUGCUUCUCGCAGAAACUGAGUUUUCCUUACAGGUUGAAUCAGAUAUUGCUCCGUAUCGCGGUCUUCUAUUGGGUCUCUUCUUCAUGACGGUUGGAAUGUCCAUUGAUCCAAAACUUCUUUUUUCAAAUUUUCCGGUCAUUAUGGGAACCUUGGGGCUAUUAAUCGGUGGCAAGACUAUGUUGGUUGCUUUGGUUGGUCGGAUUUUUGGUAUUUCACUCAUAUCAGCAAUAAGAACUGGUCUUCUUCUUGCUCCUGGUGGAGAAUUUGCUUUUGUGGCUUUUGGUGAUGCUGUUAAUCAGGGGAUAAUGUCUUCACACCUUUCGUCUUUGCUGUUUCUUGUGGUGGGGAUCUCAAUGGCCCUCACACCUUGGCUAGCUGCUGGAGGUCAGUUAAUUGCGUCUCGGUUUGAGCUGCAUGAUGUUCGAAGUUUAUUACCAGUUGAGAGUGAGACAGAUGAUUUACAGGAUCAUAUAAUUAUCUGUGGAUUUGGACGUGCUGGCCAGAUUAUUGCACAGCUUCUUUCAGAACGAUUGAUUCCAUUUGUUGCUUUGGAUGUCAAGACUGAUAGAGUUACAAUGGGGCGUUCCCUGGACCUUCCAGUGUAUUUUGGAGAUGCUGGUAGUCGAGAGGUCCUCCACAAAGUUGGGGCUGAACGAGCUUGUGCUGCAGCAAUUGCUUUAGAUACACCUGGUGCAAAUUACAGAACUGUUUGGGCUCUGAGCAAGUAUUUCCCCAAUGUGAAGACCUUUGUCCGUGCACAUGAUGUUGACCAUGGCCUGAACCUGGAAAAGGCUGGUGCUACUGCGGUUGUCCCAGAGACCUUGGAACCUAGUCUACAGUUGGCGGCCGCUGUUCUUGCACAGGCUAAACUGCCCACGUCAGAAAUUGCAGCUGCAAUCAAUGAAUUCAGGUCACGCCAUCUGUCUGAGCUGACUGAGCUAUGUCAAGCUAGUGGAAGUUCUCUUGGCUAUGGCUUUUCUCGGAUCAUGAGUAAAUCCAAAUCUCAAUCCUCAGAUUCAUCCGAUGAUGACCAAAUCACAGAAGGAACUCUAGCUAUAUGACAAAACCCAAUGAGUCAGAUCAGGUAAAUAAAUAGGGAAAUACAAAUAUUAGGGAGAACAGUACAGAAAAUACAUGUUCACUGAUAUAAUUUGUACAAAGACAAAGGAUCAAUGUAGUACUUUCAUAAAAAUUUUGACAGACUUCUCAUAAUGAAUUUCUGUAGAAGUAUUGUUCGUUUA